AAGCCAGCACAGCCAGCCCGUCUAGGAGUACGGUGGCCGUAUGGUGACGGUUUGAGCCUUUGCGGCCCCUGUUGAUACAACGCAUGGUUUUGCGUUGGAAGUGAAUUAGGAACUGACUGCUCAGAAGGGGAAGAGGGAACGUGAUGAGUGACAUUCGCCAUUCCCUACUGCGCCGGGACUCCCUCAGCGCUGCUAAGGAAGUGCUCUACCAUCUUGAUAUCUAUUUCAGCAGCCAACUGCAAAAUGCCCCAGUGCCCCUGGUUGAAAAGGGACCCAUUGAAUUGCUUGAAGAAUUUGUCAUUCAGGUCACAAAAGAACGUGGUUCCCUCGCCAAGCGCCUUACUUCCAUCCAGGAACUACAGCUGCUGGAUCUACUCUGCAGUUACUUCCAGGAGCAGAGCAAGGAGCCAGUCCGGCAAGUUAUUUUCUCCUCGCUCUUCAGCCCCCAAGGCAACAAAGCAGAUGACCUGCGCAUGGCACUGCUUGCAAAGCUGACCUCAAUGGCAGUAGCAGUGUGUCGAGUGCCUGUGCUGGAGUGUGCUGCUUCUUGGCUGCAGCGCUCUCCUGCUAUUUACUGCAUGCGUCUGGCUAAAGCUUUGGUGGAUGACUACUGUGGCCUGGUCCCCGGCUCCAUCCAGACACUGAAACAGAUCUUCAAUGUCAGUCCUCGCUUCUGCUGCCAGUUCAUUACUGCAGUUGCUUCUCUAUAUGAUAUGUCGUCAGAAGGUCUGCUCCCUCCCCAUGAUCUCUUAGAAAUGAUUGUCUCCUGGAUCUUCGAGGACCCUCGACUCAUCUUGAUCACAUUCCUAAAUACCCCAAUAAGUGCCAACCUUCCUCUUGGCUUCCUAGACUUUUCCCCACUUAUGGGUUUGGUUCGGUGGUGUGUUAUAGCCCCAUUGUCCUACAGGCGCAAGCAAAAAGCUGCCGGAGGUGGGCCUGUGGUAGAGAACCAAAGCCUUUACUCAAAACUCCACCUGAGCAUGCUGCAAGGUUUAAUGGUUCUUCAGACCCACCUGACUGAAAAGUCUCUUUAUGGCCGACUUGGGCUAUUGCUCUUCGAGCAGCUUGUUCCCUUGGUGGAAGAGCUGGGUCAACUGUGCCAGGAGCUUAAUCCUUUGAACGCAGAGCAAGAAAUGGAACUGGCCUUGGAUCGACUGGCACAGGCACUGCAAGUUUCCAUGGCUACUGGGGCAUUGCUCUGUACACGAGAUGAUCUGCGAACCCUCUGCUCACGGCUUCCGCAUAACAACCUCAUGCAGUUGGUGAUUUCUGGUCCGGUGCAGCCCGCACCUGCUCACCCCACUCUGACCCCUGGCUAUUAUCCUCACAUCCACACACCACCCCUUGGAUACCCCACCAUACCAGCUCAUGCGUCCAUGCCAACACAUGCUGCCUUGCCAGCUCAUGCAGCAUUGCCAGCACACUCAGCCAUACCAGGACACCCUGUACAGACUUUCUUACCCGGGAUGAACUUCCCAUUUCGACCCAUGCACUGAGCUGUCCCGGAUUUCAGGGACAGACAAUUGCGUUGUUGAGAUUGGAAAGCAGCCGCACAAUCCCCUUGCUCUGACCUACAGGUCCCUCACAGCACUGGGACAAAAAUUGCUUUAGAGCUGUGGUCAGCAAAAUGUAUCUCUCCAACUGCUGUUGGACAAAUGUUCCUUUAGCUUGAACCUAAUAGGAAUUCUAUUCCAACGGCAGCUUGAAAGAUACAUUUUGUUCAACCCAUCUUUAGAGAAUGUCAUGCGUGCAUCGUUCCGGUGCUGCUUUUUAAGGUGAAAACUAUCCUUCCUGGUGACAAAGUGGUUAAAGACAAGCUUACUGCCCUGCACAUUUUCCAUACACAAUGGUAGUGCAUUAUUUAUAAUAAUAUGCACUGUAUGUCAAAUUGGAAGUUUGGUUACUCCUUAAUAUCCUUCUCACCCAGAGGAUCGGUGUUUUGGCAUGUACCGUUCGUAGAAUCAAAAUUUUAUUUUUUACAGGGCAUUUUCCUGUUUAAAAUAGUAUCUACAGGAAUCCCAUUCUCUACCCAAUAUUAUCGGGUAGGUUUACAAUAAAAAAAAUAAAAUUAAACUGUUCUCUGUUUCUAAAGUGAGUCUAAAUUCUGGUUUAAACAAUGCUGUUUUAAAACCUCUUCUUGUGUCAGUCAUACUCAAUAGCCAUCCACUGGCUUGGUAAGGGCAUCACAAGUUAGGUGCACUGAGUAGGUUAGGUUACAGUUAGUUAUACUGGGUGAUUUUAUAUCAUUAUAGGGACACUCCAAGCUUCACAUGUAGCACAAAAUCUAGUUUUGUUUUGAUUUAGAACGUGGACAAUCGCCUCUGCUGUUACGGUGUUAAAGUGAACAUUUUACAACAAAUCAACAUUAUUAGGUGUAUUCACUAAAAAUGUAAUUAUGGAGAAAUUGAAAAGAAAUUGCAAAUUUUCUAUCUUUGCUGUCCUGCAGACUAUAAAGUAAGUAAAUGGAUACACCAACUCCCUACCACCUUUUUAUGAUAUAAAAAGCCCACGUAAAUUGCCCAGCAAUGAGCCACACUUUUGGUCAUAUUGCUAUUUUAACGAUGAUGUAACAUAAUGUUUUGUACAUGUAUGUUUUAUAUAAAUGUUUUAAUAUUUUUGACUUA